CGAGACCUUUUUCCUGUGCUCACUGCAAAUUCGUCGACGAAAAGCCAAAGUUAUGAGCAACGACCUCCGCACCUUCGAAGUCGUGAUCCAGAACGUCGACCGCGUGCCCGUCACCCUCGGCUUCUACUACACCGGCUGGGCGCUCGCGCUCGCGAAGCCCGCGGAUGAAGACUCGAACAACCCCCUUGAACAAGCGCCCAUCACCACGACCCUCAGCACCGUCUCGCACGAUCUCCCUUUCCCGCCGCCGAACCCCGCGACGGGCCGCCAGGUCUUCUGCAUGAAGACGUAUUCGGAGAACGAAGGCAUCCUCCCACAACUCGUCAGGCUGGGCGUCGUUGAGAAGAUGAACACGGUGGAGCUGCAGAACGGCCCACUGGUGGAGGUCCUUCUGGACGAUAUGGAAAUAGCGCACGCGUGCUUGAAGUGCGUGCGGGAAUAUGGACCGCUGGGAUUGUCGAAGCCAUUCGAGCUGCCGGGCGAGCCGCGCCUCUCGCGGUGCUCCAAAUGCAAGGUCGCGCGCUACUGCAAUGCGGAGUGCCAGAAGGAGGACUGGGAGAUGCAUAAGCAGAGUUGCAAGCUAUGGCGCACGCGCCCUUCCGAGGCGGCGCGCCUGAUGGAGAACCGACGCCGGGCCGACGUGAGCAGCUUCCUGGACUCAUCCGGCUUCCAGACGAUCAACCUGCAUGAACACAUGGUACACCGAACGGAAGCCUAGGGACCGGCGAGUCAAAGAGUUUUUCAGCGGUCUUGAGCAAGAACGAAAGAGGGAAACGAAGCCAGAUUGUGUACUUAUGAAAGACUUGUAGCAUUGUCGUGUGAAAUGAUAGCUUCUUAAAGACUC